AACACGUUACGACGCCCGGGAUCGUCUGCGAAGUGCGAUGCACAUGUUUCGCUGUUUUGCCUCUUUCUUCUUCCCUUUGGAGAUGUAAAGCCAUCCACCUUUGCCCUCUUUCUGACACGUUCCAUGCGGAUUAACCUUGGCUGAUCGGGGAGCAGUAAGAAUGGCGCGAGUACUGAGCCGUUUGUCGCAUGCGCAGCAGAUCUACUCCGGGGCGAGAAAGGCCCACACCUUCGCCUUUCGCAACCUGGAGCAGCUGUCGCGGUCCAAACAGCUGUUGAUCGGCGGGGUGGGCGCGGCGGCGGUGGGCGGCGCGUGUGUGCUGUACGCGCUGGAGCACUCGGAGGUGGAGGCCUCGGGCACGGACCUGCACCCGCCGCACUUCCACUGGGCCCACUCGGGACCCCUCGAUUCCUACGACCACCAGAGUCUCCGACGCGGCUACCAAGUGUACAAGCAGGUGUGCGCGGCCUGUCACAGCAUGCGCUUCCUCUGCUACCGCCACCUGAUCGACGUGACCCACACCGAGGACGAGGUCAAAGCGGAGGCCGCCGCGAUCCAGGUGCAGGACGGGCCGAACGAGGAGGGCAAGAUGUUCAUGCGGCCGGGCAAGCCCUCGGACCACUUCCCCAAGCCCUACCCCAACGACGAGGCGGCGCGGGCCGCCAACAACGGCGCCCUGCCGCCGGACCUCAGCUACAUCGCGCUGGCGCGCCACGGCCAGGAGAACUACAUCUUCUCGCUGCUGACCGGCUACACGGAGGCCCCGGCCGGCGUCAAUCUGGGCGAGGGCCAGGCCUACAACCCCUACUUCCCGGGCGGGGCGCUCUCCAUGCCGCAGCAGCUCUUCGACGAGGCCAUCGAAUACGAGGACGGAACGCCGGCGAGUGUGAGUCAGAUGGCGAAGGACGUGUCGGCCUUCCUGACGUGGGCGGCCAGUCCGGAGCACGACACGCGCAAACGGAUGGCCAUCAAGACGGUGAUGUACGGCGCGCUGGUGAUACCGUUCUUGUACUACGCCUACAAGUUCAAGUGGUCGCUCCUCAAGUCCCGCAAGGCGCAGUACGUCCUCCUGCCCAAGCCGCGCAACCGCUUCAACUCGCCCUAGUAAACGCGACCGGACAGCACCGCGAAGCAAGGGCAUUUGUAAAGGAAUGUAGCGCUAAAUUAAUAUCAUGAUUUUGUGUUGGACCCUUUCUUGUGAGACCACGGCGCGUGCGGAUGUCAGCGGCCAGAGCAGUUCAGUCCGGCGCCAAGUGUUGCUGUCGCCCGCCGUUGUGGACUGGUCUGUCUUCUGCGGCCGAGCUGAGCUGACCAGAUGGCGUACAGGCAUGGGUUUCAUGUUGUUC